CGCUCCCUGUGCCCCUCGCACCCCGGGGGGGACACCCAGCCCCCUGCCCCUCUGUGCUGUGUUUUGGGGGGAAAAGAAGGGUUUUUUUUCAAGGCAGGGUGGGGGGCAGAAAGUGGGGCACCUCCAGGCUUUGUCGCCAGCACCUCCCGAGCCGGAGACCACAGCAGGAUGGAAAAACCACCCAGGAAAAUAAAUGAAGCAGGAUGAACUGCCAGGGAAAAAAAAAAAUGUAGGAGGGAUCCGCGGUGUGUGCCUGAAAUCGCCCUUUUAUUCCUGACAUCAGGGGGGGGCUCGCGACGCCAGCCAUGGAGCCCUACGUGCUGCUGGACCCGCGACAGCGAGCGCUGUAUCGCGACGUGAUGCAGGAGAGCUACGAGACGCUGAUGGCGCUGGAAUUCCCUGUUUCCAAGCCCGGCCUGCUGUCCCGCCUGGCCCACGAGGAUGAACCAACAGCCCUGGAUCUCCACGUACCCAAGGAUGCCCCGUCUGGAGAGGACGGAGCACGAGCGGAGCAGGAACCCACCCGAGAAGAAACUGCUGAGAAAGAGCCCGAACCAACAAAACCCACGGGUGAGGAGCAUCCCUCGAGCCCGGCCGAGGCCGCGGCGAAGGCGGGCAGGAGCGGGGAAGCGCCGCCGCCGCAGCGGGACCCCCAGCCCGGCAACACGUGCGGCGAGUGCGGCAAGAGCUUCAGCCACAAGUCGGCCCUGGUGAAACACCAAAAAAUCCACAGCGGCGACCGCCCGCACGAGUGCCCGGACUGCGGCAAGGGCUUCAUCCAGCGCUCCGACCUCACCAUCCACCAGCGGGUCCACACGGGCGAGCGGCCCUACGCCUGCCCCGACUGCGGCCGCCGCUUUAGCGUCAGCUCCUCGCUGCUCACCCACCAGCGCACCCACGCUCCCGGCGGGGAAAAACCCAACCGGUGCCCCCAGUGCGGCCGCAGCUUCGCCGACCCGGGGGCUCUCGACCGGCACCAGAAGAGCCACCUGGGUGGGAAGCCCUACGAGUGCGGGGUGUGCGGGAAAGCCUUCGCCUGGAGCUCCCACCUCGAGCGCCACCGGCGCAUCCACACGGGCGAGAAGCCCUUCCAGUGCGCCGAGUGCGGGCGAGCCUUCGCUUGGAGCUCCCACCUCGACCGCCACAUGCGCACCCACGCCGCCGCCGCCGCCUCCGAGGAGGAGGAGGACGGCGAGGAGGAGGAGGAAGAGCCCCCGCCGCCGCCCCCCCAGAAAUGCGCCGACUGCGGCAAGCGCCUCAACCACCAGACGGACCCGCAGCGCUUCAAGCACAAGGGCACCCAGACGCCGCCGGCCGGGGACGAGCCCGCCGGCAGCCCCCCGCGGCCCCACCGCUGCGAGCAGUGCGGCAAAAGCUUCGGCCACAGCUCCAACCUCCUCAAGCACCAGCGCGUCCACACCGGCGAGCGGCCCUACCCCUGCCCGGAUUGCAAACGCUGCUUCCGUUGGGGCUCGGCCCUGGCCAAGCACCGGCGCACGCACGCCCGGCAGCAGCAAAGCGGCGAGGCUGCCAAACCGUGCGCCGAGGAAAGCGGCGCUGGAGGAAAACCCUACCCGUGCGGGGCUUGCGGCAAGAGUUUCGGCUGGGUCUCGCACCUGGAGCGCCAUCGGCGCAUCCACACCGGGGAGAAACCUUUCCGCUGCGGGGAAUGCGGGCGAGCCUUCGCCGUCAGCUCCCACCUGGAGCGGCACCGGCGGGUGCACACGGGCGAGCGGCCGUACCGCUGCGGCGACUGCGGCAAGAGCUUCGCCGUCAGCUCCACUUUGCUGGCCCACCGCCGCACCCACGCCGCCCAACCGGGCCGGCCCCACGCCUGCCCCGAGUGCGGGAAGGGGUUCAGCACCCCGGCCAGCUUGGAGAGGCACCGGCGGCUCCACCGCGGCGAGAAGCCCUACCAGUGCGGCGUCUGCGGCAAGGCUUUUUCUGUGUCAGGUGAGCUCAUCAGGCACGAGCGAGUGCACACCGGGGAGAAGCCCUACAAGUGCCACGAGUGUGGGAAGAGGUUCACCAGGAGCUCCGAUAUCGUCGUCCACCAGCGGAUCCACACGGGGGAGAAGCCCUUCGAGUGCUCCGAGUGCGGCAAGAGGUUCAGCCAACGCUCCAACCUCUUCACCCACCGGAUCGUGCACACGGGGGAGAAGCCGUUUGCGUGCCACGAGUGCGGGAAAAGCUUCGCCCGGAGGUCGGAGCUCACCAUCCACCAGCGCACACACACCGAGGAAAAGCCCUACCAGUGCUCCCAGUGUGAAAAGUCCUUCAGGGGAAGGUACGGGCUCUUCAGGCACGAGAGGUUGCAUACGGGAGAGAAACCCUAUGAGUGCUCCGAGUGCGGGAAGAGCUUCGGGCAGAGCGGGGAUCUUAUCACGCACCAGCGCUUCCACACCGGUGAGAAGCCCUACCAGUGUGGCGAGUGCGGGAAGUUCUUCUGCAAUAAAUCCAGCCUCGUCAAGCACCAGAAAUGGCACUCAGGGGAGAAGCCCUACAAGUGCCACGAGUGCGGGAAGAGCUUCGGGCAGAGCUCGGACCUCAUCGCCCACCAGCGCACGCACACGGGCGAGAAGCCCUACCCAUGCGCCGAGUGUGGGAAGAGGUUUUGGCACAGCACCAAGCUGGUGAUGCACCAGAAAACUCACGCGGCGGAUAAAAUCUACAAGUGCCCGCAGUGUGAAAAGCACUUCAAGGACAAAUCCACGCUCCUCAGGCAUGAGAUGGUGCACACUGGCGAGAAGCCGUACAAGUGUCACGAGUGCGAGAAGCGAUUCGCUCGGAAAUCGGACCUGACCGUCCAUCAGAGAAUCCACACUGGGGAGAAACCCUUCGCUUGCGCCGAGUGUGGGAAGAGCUUCAAUCACAAAUCCAACCUCUUCACCCACCAGAGGAGGCACACAGGGGACAAACCUUUCCGGUGCCAAGAGUGCGGGAAGAAUUUUGGCCACCGGACGGAUCUGCUGGUCCAUCAGCGGACCCACACGGGCGAGAAGCCCUUCCGCUGCUCCGAGUGUGGGAAGUGCUUCAAGGGCAGGACCACACUCAUGCGGCACGAGAGGCAGCACACGGGUGAGAGGCCCUACACAUGUCCCGAGUGUGGGAAGAGCUUCGGGCUGAGCGCAGACCUGGUGGUCCACCAGCGCUUCCAUACGGGGGAAAAACCCUACAAGUGCGGCGAGUGCGGGAAUUUCUUCUGCAACAGCUCGAGCCUCGUCAGGCAUCAGAGGAAACACACGGGCGAGAAGCCCUACAAGUGCCACGAGUGUGAGAAGAGCUUCGCGCAGAGCACGGAUCUCCUCGAGCAUCGGACAACCCACACCGGGGAGAAGCCCUACCCGUGCCAGCAAUGUGGGAAGUGUUUUGGCAGGAAAUCCAACCUCAUCGUGCACCAGCGAGUGCACGGACUCGGCAAACACCAGCGGGGUGGGAAAAGCUUCCAGGUGAAUCUGGUCCACCCCGACAGGCUGAUGGAUGCCGCUGCUGCAGCACGCUCGGGGUGCACCUAAGCGCUUUGGUGGAACUGUUGAGCAUCAGUAGUGACACGGAGGAGAAAACCCCUGCAAAUGCCUGGAGGAAAGAGGCAAAAUGGAGAAAAAUCUCAGUAGAUCCUAGAAGCGAUAGCGUGGAAGAGAACAGCCUGUGAAGCAUGAGAAGCAUGGGAUCUCAGUGUUCCAGAGUGGAGUCUGCAAGGAUGGGGGGAAUAACCUGUGUGUAUGUUUUAGGGUGGCCAAAGUAAAAUGUGAAACAGUUUCUUAAAUGAUGUGUAUUAUUGCAAGCACCUCGAAUGGUCUCGGUAUUCACUGCAUGGCUCCUGCUUUUCUGGUGGUCUUUCCCCUGUCCCAGUGCACCCCAGCUCUUAGCCAGGCUUCUGCUCAUCACCCUUCCCACUUUUGUCCUUAUCAUGGUCCUUCUGCCUGCAUCCUGGGCCUCCAGAAGCAUCUGUAGGGUGGAUGCAGUCAUCCCACAAGCACAGCCUGUGCUGGGCUCCAGCCCAUAGCCCCAGAUGCAAUCUGAGGCCAUGGAUGGCCGCAGUGACACCCACUGGCCACCGAUGGGCCCACCCCAUCCUUUUGCAUUGGGUGAGGCGUCCUAUUUCUGGAUGGGGCCAUCCUGUCACCAUAUCAGCUGAUGGAGAGACACCUACAGGGAUGGCACAGAGCCUGCACUUACCAGAAACCCCUUUACGGCCUAGGGUUGACAAGACCCACACCACCAUGACCACUGGUUCGCAGCCAGGGCGUUAUUAACACAACUCCAAAC